AUGUUAGAAUUAAGAAGAAUGAAACCACUUUUCCAUAGUUUAAGGUAUAAUUUGAGGAUUAUAAACAGAAUCGGAGUUCGCAGGUAUAGCGGUACUUCUGGAUGUGCUGAUUUGAAUAGUAAUGGGAAGAAAAUGUCUCCACAGGAUGUUCGUAGAGUUAAUUUGGGAUGUACCAUAACGUAUUUGCAAUCGAACGUACCGCAUCUUUUGCAGACAUCUUUGCACGAGCCGCGACUCAGUAGCGAUGUAGAAUUAAAAAUAAUGCCUGUCACGCAUCCUUACUUGCCCACAUUUACUGGAAUCACGAAAUACUAUGCGGUUUGGAACAGUAUACGCUUUCUCCUGAAUAACUUGCUCUUCCAGACUGAAAAUAGGGUACGAAUCAAGAGCCUCGAUGUGAACGAUAACGAGGUUUUCAUGAGAUGGGAGACACAUCCUUUGGCUGUGGAUCAACCGGAAAGUAUCAAACUGGCUGAAGAAGAAACAAAGCUAUCUGGCCUUUUCAUUUUCGGGUUGAAUGAGGAUUGCGACAAGAUUACGAAGCACGUUAUAGACGACGUUCAAAUAGUUGGCAAAAGAAAGAUAGACUUCUCACCAAAGGUAGAAAACGGAGCUAUUGUGUACUGCAAAGCUAUUAAGGGAUAG